ACGUGUUGCAUUCCCCGUGAGCAACUCGAGCGGGAAUCGAUCUAUUCGCGUUAGAAAUGGAUGCAGUUCACUAGGAUGUUAUGUACCGCUACUUCGCUACAUCGUAGCCGUGAAAUUUUUUAAUACGCUAUUCUUGUAGCCUCCUUACUAAAGAUCCCGCGUGGUACUCUAAGUUAGCUGCUGCUCGUUACCUGAUAAUUCCAACAAGAUGGCUAUUCACGAACAGACCCUGAAACGAAAAUUGAAGCAGAGAGAAAAGGCCCAGAAAAAAUUUAAAGAGGAGCGACUUCAAAAAAAACAAAAAACCGCAAGAGAGGAACAGGAGAGCCAGGCUGAAGAAAGUCAACAUGUUGAUCAAAGCUCGAAAGUAAGACAAACGGAAAAUGAUGAAUCCAUUCCCGAAUUUAAGGAAAGUGAGCUCCCAGGUACAUCGGCUGGAAUUCUGUCAUCCGAGGACUUUAGCUCUCUUAAAGGAAAGGUUGCUGAUCAGACACUUCGUGCUAUUUCCGAGAUGGGAUUUGAGAAAAUGACUGAGAUUCAGUUCAAGUCUAUCCCAUAUCUGCUUGAAGGUCGAGAUAUGAUUGCCAAUGCGAAAACCGGGUCUGGAAAAACACUCGCCUUCCUAAUUCCAGCUAUUGAACUCAUGCACAAACUAAAGUUUAUGCCCCGUAACGGAACCGGCGUUGUUGUUAUUACUCCGACACGUGAGCUUGCCAUGCAGACAUUUGGAGUUUUGAAGGAGCUGUUACAGUUCCAUCAACAAACAUUUGGUCUGAUCAUGGGUGGAACAAACCGAAACUCCGAAGCCGAGAAGCUCGGCAAGGGCGUCAGCAUUCUCAUCGCUACCCCCGGACGACUUCUUGACCACCUCCAGAACACCAAGAACUUCGUGUAUAAAAACCUUCAAUGUUUGAUCAUCGACGAGGCUGAUCGUAUUCUCGAUAUUGGUUUCGAAGAAGAGAUGCAGCAGAUUAUUCGGAUACUGCCGAAACGCCGGCAGACGAUGCUUUUUUCAGCAACGCAGACUAAAAAGACGGAGGAGCUAGCUAGAGUCGCGUUAAAAGCUGAGCCAAUCACGGUUGGAAUCGAGGACAAGCAGGAGCACGCCACUGUUGCCGGACUUGAGCAAGGCUACGUAGUUUGUCCGAGCGAUAAGCGAUUUUUGCUGUUGUUCACCUUUUUGAAGAAAAAUCGACACAAGAAAGUAAUGGUCUUCUUUUCGUCGUGCCUUUCCGUAAAAUACCAUCACGAAUUGCUGAACUAUAUUGAUCUCCCAGUGGUAUCCAUUCAUGGUAAGCAGAAGCAGGCAAAACGGACGACUACGUUCUUUCAAUUCUCGAAUGCGGAAAACGGUAUUCUGCUCUGCACCGAUGUAGCGGCACGAGGUCUUGACAUCCCUAAGGUGGAUUGGAUUGUUCAGUUCGACCCUCCUGAUGACCCGAAAGAGUAUAUUCAUCGUGUUGGCCGUACCGCCCGUGGCGAAGGCGGUGUUGGUCAUGCCUUGCUGAUCUUGCGACCAGAAGAAGCUGGCUUUCUGCGAUACCUAAAAUUAGCCAAGGUACCGAUGCAGGAAUUUGAGUUCAGUUGGAACAAGAUUGCCAAUAUUCAGCCGCAACUGGAGAAGCUCAUACAGAAAAACUACUUUCUUUAUAGUUCAGCGCGAGAAGCGUACAAGGCGUACGUGCGCGCCUACGAAAGUCACAGUCUGAAAACGAUCUUCGAUGUGCAGACCCUCGACCUUAUAGCGGUUGGUCGGUCGUUUGGCUUUGCAGUACCGCCGCGUGUCGAUCUUAAUGUCGGAGUUUCAAAGAAGAAGAAUAAAGACUCAAGAUUCAAGCAUUUUGGUGGCGAGCAAAGAAGGAAGAAGACGCUGAUUUAUAAGCCUAUACCCGUUAAGAGUAAUGGCUAGGACUGGUGGUGACUUGAUAGUAAACAAUGCGUGAAUAAAGCUCGAGCAGAAGUCA